CGCAACGACAUACCUAAACACUGCUGGCCCCGUUCGAUUCGGGAAGAAAACGAUGUUACACCUUCGCAGAAGAAAAAGCAGGAAAUCGACAGAUUCAGAGCGGACGACAGUCUGUUUAAACCGAGCAUAAAGAGGAGAAGUCUUUCGAUGACGUAUUGGACAAUUUUGCCGAAAGAAACCCGGCUGAACAAUCGCUACAUCGUUUUCCGUCAGAGUAGGCUGUUUCACAGUGACAAGCCGACUGAAGUCUCCAUUUCUGAAAAGGAGUUGUACCUGUUAAACCAGACCGUCCCGAAAACGAAUGAAGUGGGGGAAUUGCAUCUUACAGGCCAGAAACAGGUUAUGCAUGGUUCGCGACACAAAACACAAGACCGAACCGUCCAGGUCAACCACAAUCACACUGAAGGUCAGAUCCGCGCAUUAUUUACGUCAAAUCACCCUGACCAUCACAGGGCUCAAGACCCCUGAGUUUACCUACAGAGUUCGAUUGGAAGUGUGCACGUCACCUGUGAUAAGGCAUGAAAACGUGUGCUACUGAAAAAGAAGAGCACGUCCAGCUGAUUGAAAUAACUUUGCGGGAGAGCGAACUACUGGAUAUUUAUCACGCGGUCAAACAUGUUCUGACAGCCAGCGUAAUAUGCGGUUGCGACAGCUGUCAUAUUCCACGCCCGACGAGUCUGAUGUCUAAAUACCAAGAUGACAAAACAGCGAUGCGCAUGUGCGAGGACAUGCCCAGCGGGAGAGAUUGGGGGUGUUCCCCCACUCACCAGCCAGAGCACGAUGAAGAGAGUUCUGAUCUAGACCUCGUGGAACGUAAAAAAAGCGGCGAAAAUGACAUUUCAGAUUCGACCAGCGCCAGCGAGGUAGAAGAAGAGGAAGAGGAAGUCUCCGGCGUGACCGAUCUGGACAGCGAUGAAUUUAUCGUGGUGGACGAGGACGGCUUACAAAGCCGACCUUCUUCGCCGGCUGACAUCGAGCAGCGUGAGAGAGAGAACGCGAGCGCUUUCUCAGGAACGGGGUCAAAAGGUCACUGCGAGGAACCUCUUGACGCCGGCGCCAGCUCGGAAAGUCAGAGCGAGAAGCCUUCGGACCUCAGUCUGAAGGACCGAGCCACGAAAAUUGUGGAAUUUAUCUGGGCAAGAGCGAUCAUCCUGGCUGUUCGUCAAUGGGUUACGAGAGAUUGCGCUGGGUGUCAAAUUGAACACCCAUCACAGAGACAGCACAGUUGCGUGGAAGGCGUCCCCGUAAGAUUUCUGGACAACGAGUUAAAGCAGAAGUGGCUGAAUCUCAUUCCCGCUUGUGAAUUGGAAAUAAAAGAGUCUCUAAAGCAACACUUUGAAUUAAAAGAACCUCAUGAUGGUUUUGUAAUAAACAUUUUGCGUAGAAUUUACACGCUGACGCAGGAAAAAUUGAGUGAAUAUAACCCGCUGUCCGAGUACCUGAGCAGAGAUCCGUCCGAAAUUCUGAGCCGGUUCUACAUGCGGCCGGAUGAACCUCUGAACAGCGCUGCGGAAUCAACGGCCGCCGACGUGUGUAAAAUUCUGAUGGGGUCUGAGGAUGACAGAUCGGUGUAGUGAUUCGCGAGAGAGAGAGAUUGUGUAUUUGUACAUAAGACAUUUAUGACACCGAUGUUUUUUGCUGCUAGUAAGUUUAUACAUUGUAUAUUUUCUUUAUUAGACAAACCAUAAACAUUAUUAUUAUUAGAAAAAACUGGGACCUUUUUGUUUUAUUAAAAAACACCACGUUUUUCAUUUAAUAUUUUAGU